AUAAAAAAGAAAUGUAAGAUACAAGCCCUAAAAAGUAAAAUAAGUACCUAAUUAAAUUUAACAAUUUACGUUUGUUGACGUUAUUGCUGUAAUUAAACUCGUACAUAAUUUAACUUGAUAAAUGAUCAGCAAUGUGGGAUGUGUCUCUUUGCAUUUAUGAAUUAUCUGAGCCUUUAAUACAUAUUGUUUUUUGUGAAAAAAGAUGAUACGCUUUGAAAAAUGGCAAGAUGUACAAUUACGUGUCCUUGUUGUUUGCGUUUCAAAUUCAGCGCUGAUGAAAUGGAACAGCGUUACAGAAGUAAAGAAAUUGACAAGCUAAUAGACAAGGAUAAACACCUGUUACGUCGCCAAGUAAAAUUGCUAUUAUUGGGAGCUGGUGAGAGUGGUAAAUCGACAUUUCUCAAACAAAUGCGCAUCAUACAUGGUAUAAAAUUUGAACCGGACCUUGUUAUUGAAUACCAACAUAUAAUAUACCAAAAUAUAUUAAGAGGCAUGAAAGUAUUAGUAGAUGCUAGACAAAAGUUAGGUAUACCUUGGGAAAAUCCUGACAAUAAUGAACGUGCUGAAUUUGUUUUAAAGUUUGACAAUCGCACCACAUUAGAUACAAGGUUAUUUCUUGCUUAUGCUCCAUCAAUGUAUUGUUUGUGGAAAGAUGGAGCUAUUAAAAGAGCAUUUGAACGAAGAAGAGAAUUUCAAUUAAGUGACUCUGUGCAAUAUUUUCUUGAUAAUAUCGAAAAUAUUGCAAGAAGUGAUUAUUUACCAACUAAUAAAGAUAUUUUGCAUGCCAGAAGAGCUACUAAAGGCAUUUAUGAGUUUACAAUUCCAAUAAACAAUAUUCCAUUUCGAUUUGUUGAUGUGGGUGGACAAAGAUCACAGCGACAGAAAUGGUUUCAGUGUUUUGACUCAGUUACAUCAAUACUCUUUCUGGUUUCUUCCUCGGAAUUUGAUCAAGUUCUCGUAGAAGACAGGAAAACAAAUAGACUAGAAGAAUCAAAAAAUAUUUUUGAUUCAAUUGUAAAUAAUGUAAUAUUUCGACGUGUUUCAAUAAUUCUUUUUAUGAACAAAACAGACCUAUUAGCUGACAAAUUAGAAAGGAGAGAAACAAACAUAAAAAAUUAUUUCCCAGAUUAUGCAGGUGAUCCUCAUUGUUUACCAGAUGUGCAAGCAUUUUUGUUAGAUUUUUUCCGCCAGGCUAAACGUGAUCCUAGAAAAUCAUUGUUUCAUCAUUUCACUACUGCUGUAGACACAGAAAACAUUAAAGUCGUAUUCAAUGCGGUUAAAGAUACAAUUCUGCAUAGAAACUUAGAGUCUUUAAUGCUUCAAUAAAUGUUCAAUAAUAUUAGACCAGGUAAAAUUGUUUUAUGUUUACUUUGUUAAAUUCAUUAUAAAUAAUUAAACUUUUUGUAUGUAUUACUUAAAAGCAUUGGCUUCUAUUGAAUUGUAUCUCAUUCACAUACCGAAGUCUUCCUUUACACAAGGUACAUUCUGCUAUCUUUUCUAUAUGUUAAAUCAAAUCUAUGUAUUUUUUUAAACAAUUAAUAAUUAACGAGCUAGGUAUCCAAAAACCUUAUAAUUUAGAAAGUAAAAUUGCCAUCAUUAUCAUAGUAAUUAAAGUAAAAACUGUUAUUCUAAAAUAUUCACCUAAUUCAAAAUUUGUUGUAAGUAAAGAAUACAUUUAUAAUUAUGUAAUAUCAAUUACAUAUUCAGUGUAUCAAUCCAUUUGUAUGCAUUUAUUUCCA